AUGAAUAUUUUGGUAAUCAUUUUAAUGAACUAUUAUUCGCCUGAAGUGAACGGCGAUAAAGGGUUAGGCGUUAGGAGUAAUGAAUUCCGGAUCCAAUUCUUAACCCCUCGUCCUAUUGUCCGACAGUCGACAACACAUUCACCAGAAAUGGCAUUUGAAAUUUCAAACAACGAACUGACUGGACAUUUGGCUAAACAAGUGAACAUGGUCACAUUAACGAGUGAGGGAGGAGUAGAGGGACAAGUGGUUUCAUAUAUUCACAAUAUAAAGUACCAAGUUAAUGACAUUUGUGUCACUUUGAGGAAU